GGUACAAGUCGAUGGCAAGCUCAAACAAAUUUACGUUAGCAGUCAAGAGCUUAUUGUCGGUGUAAAUGAUAAUAAUGAAAUAUAUCAAUAUGUUAAUAAUACUUGGCAUAUUUUAGAUGGCUCACUCAAAUAUGUUGCAAUUUCUAUUGAUGGAAUUUUAUGGGGCAUUGAUAAUAGUAACAAUAUUUAUACACGUCAAGAUAAUUUGAUUAAUCAAACAUAUUCAAACAAUAAUUCACAAACCACAUCUAAUAAUGUGAUUAAUGACCCGCAAGACCACUUGAACGUAAUUAUAGGGCUAUCCGUGGGAUUAGGUCUAUCAAUUAUUAUCUUUACUAUUGCAAUUGUUAUUAUUGUUCGACGUUACAAAAUAGUACUUAGAAUCGCCUAG